CGGAAAGACCUUUACAUUUGACCCUAUGACCUCUUGUAUAGACCCCGGAUGAAACUCGUGUAUCAACAUGGCGUCGGGUUUCACAAUAUUGAUCCUCUUUGCGGUGGCAGUUGUUGGUCGUGCACUGACACCAUCAACAUUCCUCACCACAGUAGACAGACAGAGAUUGAAGUCUGUGUUCCAGGCUGCUCAACCAUUCCAAGAUGCAGCUAGUGCACAUUACUCCAUUUUGGGACUUAAGUUGCUGGAUGCAACUCUUCCCAAUGCUCAGGACACUUGCAAAACCUUGACAUCAAUUGUGGAUGCUGGCAACUUGGCGUCACUGUUCCAUGCAUCUACUGCUGCAAAAGCUCUGAGUGGCUGCAAGCUUGGUGUCAGCAAUGUACAGCAGCUCUUGCAGGAUUCCAUAAAGGAGGAUGCUGCAGUAGUUGAUAUCUUCUAUGCAUUUUUUGCCCUAAAAAACCUUGAUUUGAAAGUUGACAAUGCUAAGGUCAGCAAGUCAUUACUGGAAUCAUUGAAGAAAGAUGAUUCUCCCUUGAGCCAUGGCUAUGCAUUCCUGGUUGCCUCUGACUUGUCAGGUGACGUGAGCAAAUUCUUUGACAGCAUUGAAGAUGUUGUUGCACAAGCUGAUGAAGUAGAUGAAAAGUAUCUCCAGUUUGAAGGUGGAUUGUUUGUCAGCUCACUAGUUGUUGAUGGGGCAUACAAACUUGCCCAGAAAGCCAACAAGGCCCCAACUAUUUCCCAGGACAAAGUGAUUAAAUUUUCCAACUACUUCCUGAGCCGCAAACAUGUCCACCAACUGCGAAGUGCAUACUACUUCUUGUCUGUCAUCAGUACCCUCAGAGAUAACAAGUAUCAUAUCCCCAUUGCUGUAACCCUUGCCAGUCCUGUUGCUGUUAGCCAGUCAUCCCCCAGCAUACAGGUGCGUGUAACCAAUCUGAUGGGAGGUCUUCUGGGUCAGCUGACUGUAACUGCUGACAGUGCACGUCACUUAGGAGAUGAAGCCAUUGUUCUCAACAAGAAACCUUUCAAGGCUGCCUCCUCCGACAAGUCUCUGUACGAGCUUGACUUCAUGCAGUCAAAGCCAGCCCGUGGCUUCUACAAGUUGACUAUUUCCGUUUCCCCCCAGAAGUCUGAUAGUCGUCUUAUUGGCACCUCAGGAGCUGAGGUGGAUGUCAAGGUGACAACUCAAGUGUCUGUUGAGAAUGUGGAGAUAGGUGUUGCAGAUAAGGACCAGACCACUGCAGCCAGGACCACAAAGAUUGUGCACCCAAGCAAGGCAGCCAAAACUCAAGAAGCUGACUCCCACCAGAAGAUUAUUAUGAAGUUCCAGUUGAAGGACAAAGUGUCAGGCAAGCUCAUUACAGCUCAUCAGGCCUUUGUCAGACUAACCAAUGUGCAGACCAAGCAGGAGAUUAUCUUUGUGACUGAAGCAGAUUCUUCACAAACCAUGAAGUUUGACUUGGAUGUUGGUGCCAGUGCCAAGGAAUUUGGCUACUUAUCUGGGAAAUACAGCAUGGAGCUCAUUGUUGGUGAUGCUGUUAUUGAAAAUCCUUUCUCCUGGAUCCUGGCGGAUGUCCAGCUUACCUUCCCAGAGGGAGCUGCAUCAGUGGGAGAGGCACAGAGCCAGUAUGCCAAGAAACCUGAAAUCAAGCAUAAGUUCCAUCCUGAAGAGAAGCGUCCACCGACUGUGGUGUCCCUUGCCUUCACAGCACUGGUGCUGCUGCCGAUCCUUGUGUUGCUGGGUCUGUGGCUGAAAAUUGGUGUGAACAUAUCAAACUUCCCAGUGUCAUUGAGCGCCAUUGGAUUCCAUCUCUGCCUUGGAGCUAUCUUUGGCCUUUACUACUGCUAUUGGACACAGCUGAACAUGUUCCAGACACUGCGCUAUCUGGGACUACUAGCUAUACCUACAUUCCUCUUUGGUAACAAGCUGCUCAGUGGUUUAGCUUCUAAAAGAAAAACAGCAUAGAUGACAAGAAGAAUUUAGUAAAACAUUUAAGAUUAUUAAAUCAUGAAAAAAGUCUUACAUUUAUAUGCUGCACAUCAUUAUGUUGACAAAUUGUGGAAAUGGGUGUUUCCAUGUCAUGCUUACAAUUGUUGUCUAUUUCCAAAGUGUCAUCUUGCAUGUAUUAAACAUUUUUAAUUUA